AUGGGGAAUAUGAUGAAAUUGCUAACAUUAGGAAAGACUAUUCUGAUUGCUCUGCUAUUAUUUUCACAGGCUUCCAGUUCUGAGACUACUAAAAACGGUAAAUACAAAAUUAGAAUUCCAAUGGAUGAGGAAAUGCUAUCGAUUCCCAUCAGUAACAGCAUUUAUGCAGUUCUUAAAAGGAGAGAGAAUUACUUGUGCAGCCUGCUUCAGAAGAAGUUUGGCUGUAUCUGUGUCCUUAAGAGCAUAAGGAAUCCCAUGGAAGUGUAUAGGAAAAGCCUGAAGGAAGGAGUGGAGGUUUCUGUUUGGGUAGAUGAUCUCACAAGACAUGAGGCCGAUGCUUUGGUGAAUGCAGCCAAUGAAUACCUGCACCAUUUUGGAGGUCUGGCAUUUGCUCUCCUGAAAGCCGGUGGGCCAGAAAUUGAAGAGCAGUGCAAACUUUUUGUUGAAAAGAAUGGUCCACUCAGUCCUGGCCAGAUUGUGGUCACCAGCGGAGGAAGACUGCCCUGUAAGCAGAUUAUCCAUGCGGUAGGUCCAAGGUGGUCAGAAGAUCAGAAGGAGGAAUGUUGCCUCAAGUUGGAAGCUGCCAUAAUAAAUGUUCUGAAAUACGUGAAUGCUCCAGAAAACAAUAUCAAGUCUGUGGCCAUUCCUGCACUGAGUUCAGGGAUCUUCAAUUUUCCUCAGGAUUGGUGUGCUCAAGUGAUUGUACAGACUAUCAGGAACUUUGUUCAACUUGCUCCAUUAUUUGGCUACUUGCAAGAAAUCCACCUUGUAAACAUUGAUGAAACCACAGCUGAUGUCAUGAAAAGGGCUUGCGAAGAUCUGAUCGGGAUUAAUGAUAUUGUGCCUCAGUUGGAUAUCACUGAUUCUAUCAGAGUCAAUGAACUCUCCCUGCAGAUAAAAAAAGGGGAUAUAGAAACACAGCAAGCUGCUAUAAUUAUUAAUUCUGUGACUGUGCAAGGUGAUCUUUUUCAAGGAGCAGUUUCAAGAGCAAUUUUGGAAAGGGCUGGUCCAGCUAUGCAGGAACAAUUUCUCUCUGAGUUACAGAAGCUUCCAUCAGACAGACCCAAUUUCAUAUACACAAAAGGAUUCAGUCUUGAUUGUGAACAUGUGCUCCAUGUGAUUUGGCCAUCUUACAUUGAAGGCAACAGGCAAGAGAUAUUAAAAACAGCCAUUUCUAAAGGGCUUUCCAAGACUCUGGAACAGCAGUUGUCAUCCAUUGCUUUUCCUCCACUUGGAAUUAAAGAUUUACAUUUACCAAGUAAUGAGGUUGCCGAAAUUAUGGUGGAAGAAAUAAUGCACUUUGCAGUGGAACAAACUGGGAAGAAGCUGGAUGUCUACAUUGUGAUAUCUCUGGACAACAGUGAUGUUUAUGAAGCUUUCUGUGCCAAGCUUAUGACGGUGAAGAACAAAUUAGAAGAAAAGAUGGAUUGCAGCAAUAUUGACACAAUGGAGCUACAGACUGAUGUCCAAACCAAUCCAGGUUUCAAAAGAAAUGGGCCUUUCGUAGAACUGAUAGGACGCAGCCUUGAUAUUUUGGAGAAAGCAGGACAGUGGCUUAGAGAUAUCAUAUUGGUUGAGGAAACUGGACGGAUUGUUAUAAGAAAUCACAACAUUUUAAACCUGAGCAGUGUCCAGCCUCUUGAACUGUCUCAUCUCCAGCAGCAUUUUGGCAUUACCAUCCUGGAGAGUGUAAGUGGAACAGGGACAACCCUAGAGAUUGAAGGGUCCCCCCGAGCUGUGAUUGAUGCAGCUUUUGCAAUUGAAUUCAUGCUGCAGUCUACAGCCAAGCAAGAGACUCUUAAGAUGGAUGGAUCUUUGGAGAGCCACCCUCAUCAGGAAGGGGAUCUGGAGAUGGCAAACAGAUGCUUUUAUCAAAUCACCCCAAUAGAGUCUUACCUUCAAGAAUUCAAGGACAAAGAAAAACAGCUCGAAAAAGCCGGCCUCCAGGUUCUAAAGAUAGAGAAAAUACAUAACCCUCUUUUAGAAUCUGCUUUCCAAAGGGUAAAAAGGAAAAUAGAAGGAAGAAAUACUGGAAUGCCUGUAUGUCAUAGAUUGUACCAUCAUGUCCCUGCUCAGUAUUGUAGCCUGGUGUGCAAAACUGGAUUUCAGAAAACUUACUCCUCAUUACAAGAUCAGAAAUAUGGAGCUGGCAUAUAUUUUAAAAAGAACCCCCGGAAACUUAUAGCAGAUACCAGAGAAAAAUGUGAAAUGGACCAUUUGAUCUGUGUGUUUGAAGCAGAAGUUGUAACAGGAUCGUACACAAGGGGCAAUCGGAGUUAUAUAGCGCCACCAUUAAUUAACACAAGCAGUAUGAAACUCUACGAUAGUGUGGUUGAUGAUAUUCAUAACCCUGAAAUCUUUGUCAUUUUUAAUAAGGACCAAGCUCUACCACUGUACUUACUGACAUGUUCUCUGCUUUGGAGCCCUGAUCAGAAGGCAAGUUUGGAACCAUCAUCCUAGAAUCUGUGAAUCCUUAAUGUUAAUUGAAACACAGGCACUAGUUCUGUGUUAGAUUAGGUAAUAAACAUAUGGCAGUUCUGUAAUGCAAUGAAACAAGAAAUCCCUGCAACAUUAUAUUCUUGAAGUCUCCUUAUUCUUUCAUGUUAUUUCAACAAAAGAUAGUUAAAAUCAAGCCUUCAUUUUAUUUAAAACAGAAAUGCUACAGCCACAAGUCCUUAUAUUAAAGUAUUAAUUUUAAGCCAUCUGAACUGGGGGAGGGAGAAGGGGUUUAUAUUUACUUACCAGUAGUUACUGUGGUCAUUAGCCAUUACAAGAGAAUUGUUAUGCAGAUAUCCAAAACUAAAUUGACCAUGUCAGGAUUGUUAAGGAAAGUAUGUAAAGACAAAAAAUAAUUGGCUAAAAGACAACAUGAAAUCAAAAUAUGAUAAAGGGUUUGUUUAGGCUACACAUAUGCAACAAGAAGAAAUUAAAAUAAUAUAAAUAAUAAUAUAAUAUAAAUAAAUUCUGAAAUAACAGCAUAAAAUACAAAUGCAAUGCAAAUACAAAUAUACACAUAUAACAUAUUCAUGUAUAUUUGUAAAUAAAAUAAAAUUAUCCAAAAAGGAUUUAAGAAU